GGGAGGAGCCCAGCAGUCCCAGCUGCAUAUAAGCUGGGGCUUGGAGCACCAGGAGCACUUUGCCUGCUGAGUUCCCAGAGGAGAAGAGGUCCAGAAUCAGCAGGGGAGCUCCAGAGGAAGAGCAGGCCCUUGUGCAGGAUCCGUGCUCCGACAGAACCCGGCCAUCCCUCCCAGAGAGCCGCAGCCACCAUCUGAUCACACCUCCGGGGUGCCAGGUUGUAUUCUGACCCUGUCAGUUUAAGCUGGUGUUUUCUGCCUUUGUUUCAUUCUCCUGUUAAAUUGUAGCUCUGACUUGGGGUCUCCUCCUGGUUUGCUUUCAGACUGGUACAUGUUUUGACACCCUGCAUGGAGCCAGUCCUGAGAGAAGUCAGAAUGACAAUUUUGUGUUGCAGAAACCUCCUGCUCACUGUGAUGCUCUCCAUGCUUCUGUGGGUCUCAUGCCUUGCUCUCUGUCUUUUCCCACACAUGGGGAACCACCUGUCUGCUGCAAUGCUCCUCUUGAGUUCAGGGAAUGGUAUGAAAAUUGCUUUGUUGGCUUUUUGUGUCUAUUGCAUGAUAACCUCUGAGGAAGUGAGCCUAACUUGGAAUACAAGUUCACUUUCCUUUUCUUUUCCUAAUCUGGGCUGCUCCAUCUGCAUCCUCCUCAACAAUCUCACCCAGCCCCAGGGGGAAAGAGCAGAGAGUGGUUUCUCCCCGACUUUCAGACCUGACAAUGCAGUUUUUGAAAAUCUCGAGUUCCCUCUGGGUGUCAAAGACGGCAUAAUCAUCUUGUUAGUUCUGCUUUGUCUUCUCUCUGCAGCCUGCACCCUUUGCACCCUCUGCACCCUCUGCACCAUGCUCAGAGACAGAGAAGUGCUCCGGGUGGUGCAGCGGGGUCUGGAGGACGAGGAAGAGGAGGAGGGAAGGACAGAGCCAGUGAGCACCACGACUGCACGGCCUGGCAUGGAGAGAAGAGGAACCCAAAACACAGCAACGAGCACCACGACUGCACGGCCUGGCAUGGAGAGAAGAGGAACCCAAAACACAGCAACGAGCACCACGACUGCACGGCCUGGCAUGGAGAGAAGAGGAACCCAAAACACAGCAACGAGCACCACGACUGCACGGCCUGGCAUGGAGAGAAGAGGAACCCACAGCACAGCAGCAGACAUCACAUCUACACAGCCUGGCACACUGGGAAAAGAAACCAGAAGCAAAGCAACGAGCACCACGACUGCACAGCCUGGCACAGGGAGAAAAGAAACCAGAAGCAAAGCAACGAGCACCACGACUGCACAGCCUGGCAUGGAGAGAAGAGGAGCCAAAAGGGCAGUCAGUGCUUCCACACAGACCGCCACCAAGCCAGGGCAGCCCAAGCCAGCAGCAGCUGCCCCCGUUCAGAAGAAGAAAUCCAAGAGCAGACCCAUCCAAAGUGUGGCUGAUGAGGAGGUGGCGGGACCCUCACACCGAGGAGAGCCAGCACCAGUGGUCAUCACUGUCACUGUGGCCCUGGGUGGGCUGCCAGCUGUGGUCAGUGCCCAGGGGACCAGGAGAGCCCAGGGAACUGUCAGCCUCUGGCAGUGACUGCUGAGCCCCAAGGAUGUACAGUGCACAUUGCAGAUGUGGAUGAGAUUUGCACGCCUUGGACCAGAGAGAUCCUCCCGUGACCUGGAGAUGUGCCGUGGAGGGAAGGAGAGGACAAGGUGGGAGCCCUGGUCAGCAAGCUGGGAACUUACAAGGACUCUGUCACUGCCCUGUUGUGCACCAUGUCUCAUCCAUGGAAACAAAGCUGGCUGCGAGCAUCUGGAGCUUGGGAGAGAACCUGAGAAAGGAGCUUCAGGAAGGGACUUCCCACACUCACCAGAACCAGCCAGUCUCUGCAUGAGGAGCAGAUGCCCCCCAGCCAGGCAGAGAGGAUACACUCCACCAGGUAACCUCUGCUUUUUCUUUCAGGAGCACGGGAUGGAAAAGCCCCCUCCUCCUUAGCAGCCUGGGUGCCUGAACUUUGAAGAGGAAUUUCAGCAGAGCUCAUCUCGAGUCAGCAGUGCUCUGGCCUCCCGUGGACAGACCUCUGGACCCUACAGGAAUGGGAACAUCACUGGUUCUCCUUGCUCUCAGGAACACAUUCACAGGGGACACCAGCGUGUGCCUGACCAGGAUUAGAGGGGCCCUGUCUCCAGGCAGGUGGAGGAAAAGGAGAACUGGAUCUGCUGGACUGUGUGGAUGCCAUGGCCUGUCUGCCCCACAAAGGUACAGCUUUGGUGGGCUCUGGCACUCAGGGCAGCCUGGUGCCACCAAGGCAUGUGGGAGUGGAACCCAUUUGUGUUUCUGGGGUGGCAGGAGGGUCCCACAGCUGGCGUGCAUUUGUCUGGGAACGAGGGGCACAAACACCCCACGGUGGCUGGCCCUGAGGCCCUGCACCCUCAGCAGGCCCAUCCCAGAAAUGGGGAUCCCAGAGACCCAAAAGGACCUCGCUGGCCUUUGGGAUUGCUGCUGCAGAGACAGAAACCUCAACACCCUGCCGGGCCUUGAGAUGAGCCCCUGCUACUGUGGGACUGCUGAGAGGUGGAGAACAGGAGCCAACGAGCACAGCAACACUGC